UCAACACAAGUUGAACUUUAGCUGUUGAUUUACAGGCAGAUUGUAGAUGUUUAACAGGAGGAGGCGUUUUAACAUCCCUGCGGACAGAAUAAAUCUCUUGCUGAAUGUGUGAGAUUCUCUUUGCUGUCUUGACAGAUUCUCUCUCCACCCCUCAGCACCACAGAGGCAAGCUCUCACACAGCUAAUCUAAAUACCGUAAGAGCCAAAGCCUGCAGCUCUUGACUCUGACUCCAGGUCAGCUGCAGAAACCUGGAGAAAGUCGUGUUUUAGUCCUGCAACGUUUUUUUUUGCAGGUUUGGGAGUCACCGACAUGGAUAGCAUGGACAUGGAUAAGCCACAGAAGCGUUACUGCAUCCGCGGAAAGCAUGCGGUCAUCAUCUGUGCGACGGUGGUGGUGUGCUCUCUGGCAGUGGGCCUCGGGGUGGGCCUCUCCAAAUCAGGCACCACUCCUACACCUUCCACACCAGCCCCCACAGCAGGGCCUACUGUGCCGCCGCCACCGCUCAGAGGGCCCUGUGCGCCUUCCACUGACUCCAGUGGAGACUGGAAGAAUUUCCGUCUGCCCAGCUACGUGAACCCGGUCCACUAUGACCUGCACCUGGAGCCAGACCUGGACGACGACACCUACACGGGUACCGUGGACGUCCACGUGGAAGUCAGCAAGCCCACCCGCCAUCUGUGGCUGCACAUUAGGGAGACGUUUGUCAGCGCCGUGCCCAGGCUGACGAUGCUGAACAGCCAGCGGGGCAAGAGAGAGGUGGCAGUGAAGAGCUGCUUUGAAUACAAAGACCAUGAGUAUGUGGUGGUGGAGGCCGCAGAGGAGCUGCCGGUCACCGGCCCAGGAGAAGUGUACGUUCUCAGUCUGGACUUCCAGGGCUGGCUCAACGGCUCUGUGGUGGGAUUCUACCGAGUCAUCUACACCGAGGAGGGGGUCACAAAAAAGAUUGCUGCGACUGAUCAUGAGCCAACAGAUGCUCGCAAGUCAUUUCCCUGCUUCGAUGAACCCAACAAGAAGGCCACCUACACAAUCUCCAUCACUCAUGAUGCUAACUAUGGAGCUCUGUCCAACAUGCCUUCUGAGGGCGCCCCUGAAGAACUGCAAGGCAAUAAAAAGAAGACCUCCUUUAAGAAGUCCAUUCCAAUGAGUACCUAUUUGGUAUGUUUUGCUGUGCACCAGUUUAGCCAUGUGGAAAGAACUUCUGCCCGAGGAAUUCCUUUGAGAAUCUACGCCCAGCCAACUCAGUUAGGAACUGCUGAGUAUGCAGCCAACACAACCAAGAUAAUCUUUGACUACUUUGAGGAAUAUUUCAACAUGUCAUUCUCCAUCGAUAAACUUGAUAAGAUAGCCAUCCCUGACUUUGGUACUGGUGCCAUGGAGAACUGGGGCCUCAUCACCUACCGGGAAACCAACCUGCUGUAUGAUGAGAACCAGUCCUCGUCCUUCAACAAGCAGCGAGUGGCCAGUGUUAUCGCCCACGAGCUGGUUCACCAGUGGUUUGGGAACAUUGUGACUAUGGAUUGGUGGGAUGACCUCUGGCUUAACGAAGGCUUUGCCAGUUUCUUUGAGUACAUCGGUGUGGAGAAAGCUGAACCUAGCUGGGGCAUGCGAGACAUCAUGAUCAUCAGUGAUGUGCUUCCUGUCAUGGUGGAUGACGCCCUCCUCUCCUCUCACCCGAUCAUUGUGAGCGUGUCGACCCCGGCAGAGAUCACCUCUGUGUUUGAUGGCAUCUCAUACAGCAAGGGAGCGUCCAUUCUCCGGAUGUUGGAGGGUUGGAUGGGUAAAGACAAGUUCAGAGACGGCUGUCGAAAAUAUUUGAAAGACUACUACUUCAAGAACGCCAAAACCGCCAACUUCUGGGCAUCUCUCGCCGAAGUGAGUGGGUUGCCAGUUGCGGACGUAAUGGAUACAUGGACCAAACAAAUGGGUUAUCCUGUGCUGGACCUGUCUUUCUCAGACAUGAAUGCCAAACUGAGCCAAAAACGAUUCCUCCUGGAUCCUAAAGCUAAUCCCAGCCAGCCUCCUUCGCCUCUUGGGUACAAGUGGACCAUUCCAGUCGAAUGGCACUCUGUGAAAAGCAAUAAAAAUAUGUUGACAAUAUUUAACAAGCGUGACACAGAGCUUGUCAUCAGUAACUACUCGGUGUCAGUGGACGGGCUGCUGAAGGUUAACAACGAUCACAUCGGAUUCUACAGAGUCAACCAUGACGAGCACAUGUGGAACGCCAUCAGUCAACAGCUUCAAAACAACCACUCGGAGUUUGAUGCAGCUGAUCGCACGAGCUACAUUGAUGACGUUUUCGCUCUCGCAAGGGCAGAUGUUAUAGAUUAUGGUAAUGCCUUCAAUCUUACCAAGUACCUGAAAGAUGAGACUGAAUACAUAGUCUGGGAACGCGUGGCCUCCUCUAUCGCGUAUGUUCGGGACAUGCUCUCAGGCAAUGAGGCGCUCUACCCAAAAUUUCAGAGACUGUUUCGUGACCACGUAAAAGUAAUCACCACCCAACUUGGAUGGACUGAUAACGGCACACAGACGCAGAGGUUACUGAGGGAGACUGUGCUCAGCAUCUCUUGUCAGAUGGGAGACCAGGAUGCUCUGGACGAAGCCUCUCGCAUUUUUGACCAGUGGAUUGAUGGAAGUCUCAGCAGUGUAGCAGUGAACCUGAGGCUGCUGGUCUAUCGCUAUGGCAUGAAGAACUCAGGCACCGAAGCAAAGUGGAACGUCAUGUUCCAAAGGUACAAAGAUACUUCUUUGGCCCAAGAGAAGGAAAAGCUGCUGUACGGACUGGCAUCUGUGGAGAACGUGCAACUUCUAAACAAGCUCCUGGAGGCUACUAAAGAUGAGACUGUAGUGAGGAGUCAGGAUCUGUUCACUGUGGUGCGAUACGUUUCCAACAACCCACUGGGGCAAGUCAUGGCCUGGGACUGGACCACACUCAACUGGGACUACCUGGUCAACAGGUACACCAUCAACGACAGGAACCUUGGUCGCCUACUGGGUCGACUCAGCACCACCUACAACACAGAGCUCCAGCUGUGGAAGAUGGAGAAUUUCUUCGGACUAACACCAAAUGCCGGUGCUGGGGAGAUGCCUCGGCAGCAGGCGCUGGAGACCGUGAGGAACAACAUUGAAUGGAUCAGGAUGAAUGAAAACGAGAUCAGAGGGUGGCUGGAGACCAACUUGGCCUGAAACGGCACCAGCUUUAAACACUGCAGGGAUACAGAGAUGCUGUACCGGUACAAAACCAGAGAAUCCACAAUCCCCUGUUGAUACAUUUUGUCACUGUCGGUCAGAAACCUGGUAUCUCCAUAAACAUUUUACGUCUGUCUGUGGGUUUAACAAAUAUUUAAACAGUGACGAGGCGAUUCCCGAUGACUUUGUUUAAAGUGAAUAACUGUUUAGGACAUACAAGGUUUUCACCCGACGGCGAUAAGAUUUCCUUUCCGUAAGUCCAGGGUGAGGUUGGGUUUGUGUUCUUUUUGGAGGGCCAAAGCAGGGGACUGUUGAUCUGAAUUACCUAUUGAAAAACAAAUAAUCUUACUUGUAAGUAAUGAUAUUCAUAGGAAGCUUCAUGAACCAUUUUCUUUAUUGUCUGAGCCCACUAGAUGGCGCUCUCUGUUCAACAAAUGGUUGAAAGCACACUGAAUUGCCAUUCCUUACAAAUACAAAUACAGAUAGUGAUUCAUGAAGCUUUGUUUGGCUUCUACUGCAAUAUAAACUGACUCUGAUAGUUAUUGAUCCCCAUACUGUGGCCUUAAGGUCCGUCCACACUGCUGAACGAUAACUAUAACAAUGUGAGCAUCCACACUGAUGAACGAUAACGUUCUGUAAACAGGGGUGUCAGGCAAGCACGCAGUGCGCGCUCCAGCGAUGUGAGAUUGCAGGAAUGUCUGUAGUAAUAUCCUAUAGCCUAUAUUCGUGGAUUCAGGUACAUUUUAGGAACCAAAAAAGUCUACCGGCAGUCCCUGGGGCGCGGAGCAUGCUGCCUUUUUCUGGCAACAGCGGGCACACAGCGCUACAUAGAGCCGGAGAUCAGAGUAGGUGGGCGGGUGUCAGAUCUGCAUGAGCACCGGAACAAAAACACAGACAGUGUGAUAAUAACACCCAAAACACAAGAUUCAAUCACAGUGAAUUUGAAUUAUCAGUGGUUUCUGUGACAUGAGACAUAGUUAAGAAGUUUAAAAUACACAGAGCUGAAGGAUCGUAGCCCCGUAGAGAUCGGAAAACUCACGUCAAGUCACUACUGCACCUGUGUGAAAACAAAUCUCUCCGCAGUGCCUCUCUCCGCCUUGCCAUGUUGUAAAUUCAGAUGGAUUCUGAUUGGCUGUCAGUGUUUCUAUCGUUCAUCAAAUCGUCUCUAAAAGUGAUCCCAACGAUAUCGUUCGCCACUGUCGUUGUCGUUAUAGUUGUGGUGUGGACUCCGCCAUCCACUGGAGUAAAACGUUUUUUGAAACUAUAUAUUUAUAGUCAUCGUUAUAGUUAUCGUUCUUGGUGACGGCCCUUUACAGUUCAACAUCACCAUCAUGUGGCUGGGAAGGCAUCAGCUGCCCUUUUUAUUUCAUGAAGCCCUUUCCAUUUUCGGUUCAUUUCUGAUCUUGUGCUCAUCACAUGAAGGAUAUUUGUGUAUCCCUUUUUGUCCCUGUACUUUAAACAUUUUUUAUUAAGAAUUCAUCAAUAUAUUUUUGUAAAUUUUUAACUUGUGGCAUUGAUUUAUCCUCAGAGAGUGCAACCAUGAUCCUUCCCUUGGUGGGCAGCACACAAAGACUCAAAGUACACCCCACUCUCUGUGCACUAGUAAUUUUUUUGUAUUGAUGAUCAAUAAUGCAAGUGUAGAAGUCUUUACUUGCUGGAGAUGAAGAGUUGAAUGUAUAAAUAUUUACUAAAAUUACUUUGUAUGCAUCA